UUUUUUGGUAUCAUGGUAUGACAGGUGCAAAAGAGAUUUUUUAGGUGCUCAGAAGCACUGCCGUGAAGCCUUACCCAUCAGAAGCCGCCCCCUGGUUUUGCCGGCACUGGAAACCAGUGAGAUGUUAACCGUGGGCUUCAGGAGUUGGCAAAAAUCUCUCUGUAAAUAUAUGAUGAAUAAGCAGGCUGCUACGGGGUAGUUGUAAAGGAAAUGAGAGACAGUCUGACAAUUCUCAGAUUAGUUUGACACAUUUUGACACUUCUAAGUGUAGUGGGAUGUGACAAGUAAACUUCGAAGCGUUCUUCUGCAAAAGCAGCUUUAGAGUGGUGUAGUGAAAGACGGAAGGCAGUGUGACUUCAAAGAGCUCUCUCUCUUCGUGAGGCUAAUUCAGCCAGGAAUUGAGGUGGAAGCCUUCAUUCAACGUUUGUGUCACUCGAACCGAUUCACAUUAAAACCCCAGCAUUGUGUGGUCUGGGGUUUAGGAAGAAAUGAGAGCCUGGGAGUGUAAACUUAGUGCCUGAACUACAGGAAUAUGAUGGGGAGAUGUCACGUCCUCAGAGGAAGGACUUUUAUGGUUCAGUUUUCCAGGGAAAAUCCAGAACGUACCUUUGAUUUGGUACUGAAAGUAAAAUGCCAAGCAUCUGAAAAUGAAGAUCCGGUGGUACUGUGGAAGUUCCCAGAGGACUUUGGAGACCAGGAAGUGCUGAGCAGUGUUCCAAAGUUCUGCUUUCCUUUUGACGUCGAAAGGGUAUCCCAAAACCAAGUAGGACAGCAUUUUACCUUCGUGCUCACCGACAUUGAAAGUAAACAAAGGUUUGGAUUUUGCCGUUUGACGUCAGGAGGCAAGGUCUGCCUCUGUAUCCUAAGUUACCUUCCAUGGUUUGAGGUAUACUACAAGCUCCUAAAUACCCUGGCAGAUUAUUUGGCUAAAGAACAGGAAAAUGACUCAAAUGAUUUGUUAAAAUCAUUGUAUAGCCAUCCUGUGCCAAAGGCGAAUGCUUUAGUCAGUUUAAGUGUGCACUCGUACUUCAUUACUCCUGAUGUAACUGGAUUGCCAACGAUCCCUGAAAGCAGAAACCUCACUGAAUAUUUUGUUGCUGUGGAUGUGAACAACAUGCUGCAACUUUAUGCCAGUAUGUUGCAUGAGAGACGAAUCAUUAUUACCUCUAGGAAACUAAGCACUUUAACUGCUUGUGUUCAUGCGUCAGCUGCAUUGUUAUAUCCAAUGUAUUGGCAGCACAUUUACAUCCCAGUGCUUCCUCCACAUCUUCUGGACUACUGCUGUGCACCAAUGCCUUAUCUAAUUGGCGUCCACUUCAGCUUAAUAGAGAGAGUGAAAAAUAGAUCAUUGGAGGACGUGGUUUUGCUAAAUGUUGACACAAACACUCUAGAAACCCCUUUUAAUGACCUGAGCAACCUACCUGGUGAAGUGGUCUCAGCCUUGAAAAAUAAACUGAAAAAGCAGUCUACAGCUACGGGUGAUGGAGUGGCCAAGGCCUUUCUUCGGGCACAGGCAGCGCUGUUUGGAUCCUACAGAGAUGCACUGAGAUACAAACCAGGAGAGCCUAUAACUUUCUGUGAGAAUAGCUUUGUGAAGCAUCGUUCCAGUACUACUAAGCAAUUCCUCGAAACUGCUGUUAAUCUUCAACUCUUUAAACAGUUUAUUGAUGGUCGUCUAUCAAAAUUAAAUGCAGGAAGAGGAUUCUCUGAUGUUUUCGAAGAAGAAAUCACAGCAGGAGGCUUUUCUGGAGGAAACUCAAGAUCUUACCAGCAGUGGAUGCAUACAGUCAAGAAAGGUGGAGCACUGAUCAACACAGCAAUGACCAAAGCCACUCCAGCUGUGAAAACAGCAUAUAAAUUUGCAAAAAAUCAGGCAAGACAAGGAAUAAAAGAAGUGAAGAGUAAGUUAAAACACAAGGAGAGUGAGGAUGAGCAUGGAACGUGCGGUGCUGGUGCAGUGCAGACUGCUCCUGUCUACACAUUGCAUUAUGAGAAAAGAGCCAACUCAGAAAAGCGAAGGCUGGCACAGACUCGUUUCAACCAACAUCUCAGCAGCCAAGAUUGUGCCUUGGAUGAAGAUGAUGAUGAUGAAAUGGAAAGAACAAGCAAGUUAUCGUCAGAAGACAGUGAAGAAGCUUCUGCUUACUUUUAUGACAGUGAUGAUUCUGGUGAAGCUGGAAUAACUCCUCAACAUCAAGGAGAAAUGGACUUGCUUGGGGAGAUUUUGGACACGCUGAGCACACAUAGUUCGGAUCAAGGGAAGCUCUCAGGAGCAAAGAGCCUGGAUUUCUUUAGGUCAAUGGAUGACAUUGAUUACAAGACCACGAACAAGUCAAAUGCACCUAGUGAGAGCAACCUUACCCUGCUCUGCAGCAGUGCUAAUGAUCAAGCAGAGUGGAACCACGGUCAGGAUGACAGUGUCCUCCAUGGGAAGCAGCUCCCUCCAUCGCCAAGGAAGCAGGUUUCUUCUGGUGGCCAUAGAGACUCUCUCGCAAGGCUGGAAGAAGAAAGGAGUGCCAAGACCUUUAUUACUGACAAGGUGGACACUGUGGGUGUGACAUCACCAUCUCCAGUACGACCAAGUGCCCAGUUUGCUUCUGUAGAAAGUUUCAAAGCAGACUAUUCUUCCUGUAAGUAUGCAAAGCAGAAUGAAACACUAAGCAGUACCUCAGAAGAUCAGCUCCCAGCAAGUCUUACUCAACAUCCAUCCAUUCUGGUUCCUUGGGAGAGAGAUGGAAAGGAAGGCAACGAAACUCUGGAAGAGGGUGGGCUUCUUCAAGAAGUGGUGUCAUUAUGUAAACUGAGUUCUGCUUUUCACUAUGGUUUAAAUAUUUCAAAGGAUAGCUUAUCCAGCAGCAGCAGUGGAAAUAAAAUGUAAGAAAACAACGAGAAGAGAAGCUUGACUCCCAUCAGAAGUUUAAGGGAGAGACUACUCAGGACUCCAUCUAGCUCCAUAUUACGUGAUAACCAAAAGACGAAUAAGAGACCUUUGACCACAAAAACAAUUCUCUUCAGCUGAGUAUGCAUCUUCUACCUUGGGACACCCGCUUCUAUGUUUACUCAGUUCAUUUGUUGGCUGUAGUUAGGUCCAUAAAAUGGAACUAAAUAUAUGAAUGCACUCUUAAA